AUGGAGCACAAUGGGUCUGCUUCCAGUGCCGAUGGAAUCCACCAGAACCGCUUAUCAGGUGUUAGGGAAGAGGAGGACCAAGACGCAGCCCUCACCAUUGUGACCGUGCUGGACAAAGUAGCCUGCAUCGUGGACAGUGUGCAGGCGAGCCAGAAGAGAAUCGAGGAGCGACACAGGGAGAUGGAAAACGCGAUGAAGUCCGUCCAGAUCGACCUGUUGAAGCUCUCGCAGGCCCACAGCAACACAGGCUACAUCGUUAACAAGUUGUUUGAGAAAACCCGAAAAGUCAGCGCUCACAUUAAAGACGUGAAGGCCCGUGUGGAGAAGCAGCAGGUGCAUGUCACAAAAGUCGAAUCCAAGCAAGAGGAAAUAAUGAAGAAAAAUAAAUUCCGUGUCGUCAUAUUCCAGGAGAAGAUUCGGUGUCCGACCUCCCUGUCCAUCGUUAAAGACGAAAGCCUCACUGAGAACCAGGAGGAAGAUGCCAGUGUCUUCGACCCCCCCAUCGAUCUGUCUUCUGAUGAAGAGUAUUACGUUGAGGAGAGCAGAUCGGCUAGGCUUAGAAAGUCAGGCAAGGAGCGCAUCGACAAUAUCAGGAAGGCAUUUUCCAGAGAAAACAUGCAGAAGACACGGCAGAACCUGGACAAGAAGGUGAACAGAAUUAGAACCAGAAUCGUGACCCCUGAGAGGAGAGAGAGGCUCCGACAAUCCGGGGAGAGGCUCCGGCAGUCCGGGGAGAGGCUGAGGCAGUCCGGGGAGAGGUUUAAGAAAUCCCUCUCGACUGCUGCUCCCUCGACAGCAGCUUUUAAGAUGCGCGGCCUCAGGAAAGCUAAAGACCCCAGUGUGGCUGAGGGCCAGGAGGGCAUCAAGGAGCUGGGCGUGGACAUCAUCGCCAGGAGCGAGUCUCUGCGCCCCAUUGGUGAGCUGUACCCCGAAGAGCUGCCGGAAGCGGAAUGUGGCGAGGCCAGGGCGGUGUACCCUGCCCAGGAAGGAGAGGAAAUCCUGACCGCUGAGCCUUUAAAGGUUACUUUUAAACCUCAGGUGAAAGUGGGUGAGGACGAGUCUCUCCUGUUAGAUUUAAAGCAGACAGCGUAA